CUCUCUCUCUUUCCUCUCCCUCCUUUCCUCCCUACCAACCUCCCUCCCUCCCUCUCUGGAGCUCCUGCUCUCUCCCUCUCCCUUCUCUCUCGCGCUCUCUCCCUCCCUCCCUCCCUCUCUCCCUCCCUCCUCGCUCUCCCUCUCCUCUCCUGCUAUAGAAGGCUCCGACAGCAGUUCCCAGCCAGUGUGCUCAGCCUGCCUGCCUGCUCCGUGUGUGUGUGCGAGCGUGUGUGCGUGCGUCUACUUUGUACUGUGAAGAACACAGCCCAUGUGCUCUGCAUGGACGUUACUGAUAGUCUGUUUAGCUUGAUUUUCGACAAGCAGGCAAGAUGUCCAGCACACCACAUGACCCUUUCUAUUCUUCUCCUUUCGGCCCAUUUUAUAGGAGACAUACACCCUACAUGGUACAGCCAGAGUACCGAAUCUAUGAGAUGAACAAGAGACUGCAGUCUCGCACAGAGGACAGUGACAACCUCUGGUGGGACGCGUUUGCCACUGAAUUUUUUGAGGAUGACGCCACAUUAACCCUUUCAUUUUGUUUGGAAGAUGGACCAAAGCGAUACACUAUCGGCAGGACUCUCAUCCCCCGUUACUUUAGCACUGUGUUCGAAGGCGGGGUCACCGACCUGUACUACAUUCUCAAACACUCGAAAGAGUCGUACCACAACUCGUCCAUCACGGUGGACUGCGACCAGUGCACGAUGGUCACUCAGCACGGGAAGCCCAUGUUCACCAAGGUAUGUACAGAAGGCAGACUGAUCUUGGAGUUCACCUUUGAUGAUCUCAUGAGAAUAAAAACAUGGCACUUUACCAUUAGACAAUACCGAGAGUUAGUCCCGAGAAGCAUUCUAGCCAUGCAUGCACAAGAUCCUCAGGUCCUGGAUCAGCUGUCCAAAAACAUCACCAGAAUGGGGCUAACAAACUUCACCCUCAACUACCUCAGGUUGUGUGUAAUACUGGAGCCAAUGCAGGAACUGAUGUCGAGACAUAAAACUUACAACCUCAGUCCCCGAGACUGCCUGAAGACCUGCUUGUUUCAGAAGUGGCAGAGGAUGGUGGCACCGCCAGAACCCACAAGGCAACCAACAACCAAACGGAGAAAAAGAAAAAAUUCCACCAGUAGCACAUCCAACAGCAGCGCUGGCACCAACGCCAACAGCACCGGCAGCAAGAAGAAGACCACGGCCGCAAACCUGAGUCUGUCCAGUCAGGUACCUGUAAGUCUCGCUUUCCUUUUAGGCCUGAAAUCCUGCCUUUUGCCUGCUUCCUACUCAAGGGACCCAAAUUAAACUCUCUUUUGGCUGCAAAAAAAAAAAAAAAAAAUGGGGGCAGGUUGGAGGUGGGGGAGGGAUGAAUGGCAGGAACAAAGGUUGGGAUGGGAGGGAAAUGUCUGCCUUGGAAACCUUCCCCUGCAAACUGAGAAUUGGAAGGGAAUAUUAAGAGUUGUGCUGCAAGGGGACCUGAAUGAAAAAGCUGUCAGAGUCACAGACAGGAGAUAUGUCACUUAAGGUUUAAUUAAAAUAUCACUUAGCAGCGUGCCUGGUGGCCCUCUCAUCACCAUCAUCGGAGACCCCAUGCUCCCCUGGAAACUAGCUCCUGGCGCUCAGUCUCCGUAUUGUAACUUGACUGGGUCUUCCCCACAUGGGCAUCCCCUCUUAUUUUAAAACUCAGGUAAUUAACUUGUAGCCACUAAAAACCUAGCUCCGUGAAGCUCUGGCUUUACCCAUCUCAUUAGCUCAGGGGAGGAGCAGCCCCUGAUUUGGUCUCAACUCUUUUGAUCCACUAUCCCUUUUCUUUCAUUUCUGGGUCUUGGCAAAGGCCGCUUGAAAGAGGCUUGUUUGCACUCCACCGUUGACAGCUGAGGGUAGUCCCCAAAUAGUGAAAACUCUGCAGGAACCUUCUUCAUCUCCUAUUAAUUCUUCUCCAGCUCUGCCCCUUCUGCUGAACCCCUUCCUGUCCCCUGACUCCCUGACACGGUGUUUGACUAUCACCUUUAAAUGCCGAUGUUCCUUUAAACUUCCACUCUUCCUUCUCUGCUGUCCUUGUCCCCUCACCCUGUCACCAGGUGUUUGACUGUCAUUCGAAUGCUAACAUUUCCUUGGCACUUAAUGGACACCCUCUAGAUGCUGUGUUUCCAGAAGUUGCCCUAUUUCUCAUUACGUCCCUCAACCAGUACAAUUUUACAUUUUCAGUCUUUCUCACUUUUUUCCCCUCUUGGUCUGUCUUCCUCACCCUUCUUACUCUGGUCCUGUUCUAUCGCUUUUAGGUAGGAGUUGGUCUUUACACAGCAAUUCCCACUUACUUCCAAAUGUGCCUUUCCAGUCUGCCCUCACUCACUUGUACUCACUUUCCAUGAGUCAGCCCUUCUGGGCCCAAACCAGCCCAUCGGUACCCUGAGAAUUCCCUGGGCCACUGGGACUCCCGUCUCCCAUUUCCCGCAGGUGGGAGCAUUUCCAUUCCAUCGCAUUGGAAAGAAGGGGUCAUGGAGAGACCAGCCAGCCUGCUGUGGAAAUUGUCAUUUUAACCUUAAGGCCAUUAGGAAUCAUAGUCCUCAGAUAAUGAAAAUAGUCCCCAGAUAGUCUUCUAUUUUCUGAACUAGGCUUUAUAUCUGCCACCCCUAAAGGUGAAGAGGGAAAAUUAAAGAAGAAAGACUGAGUCUCCUUAUGAAGGUAUCAAGUUAUGCCCACUCCUGGUGAAAUUGGAAAAUGCAUAGAGAAAAUAGCCUGAUGUAAAUAAAUCAACUGAAAAAGUGUAUGCAAGUAACCCAUUUAUCCAUCCAAUCCUGGAGUUUAAGACACUAAUAUUUAUCAGUUUCCUCUAACAAAUGAGAAAAGUGCAUUUCAAAGAAUUCUGGAAUUGUGACAUAGCUACAUAUGUUUUCUGAGCUCCUAAUAUGUGCCCUACACUAUAUAGCAGGUACUAGAAGUACCAAGC